AUGUUAAUUAUAUAUAUAGAUUUUAUAAGUAGAAAUAACAAGAAUAUUCCUUCCUUCCUAUCUAUCUAUCUAUCUAUCUAUCUAUCUAUCUAUUCUCCUGUUCUAUCUAUCUAUCUAUCUAUCUAUCUAUCUAUCUAUCUAUCUAUCUAUCUAUCCAAGCCUGUUCAUAUCUAUCAAUCUAUAUUUUCUUACAGCGAUAACAUCCAGGAAAGGGAUUCUAUUUUUAAUGUUCCUAUCUAUCUAUCUAUCUAUCUAUCUAUCUAUCUAUCUAUCUAUCUAUUUCUGUCCAUAUCUAUCUAUCUAUCUAUCUAUCUAUCUAUCUAUCUAUCUAUCUAUCUAUCUAUCUAUCUAUCAGGCUUUUCCUAUCUAUCUAUCUAUCUAUCUAUCUAUCUAUCUAUCUAUCUAUCUAUCUAUAACAUCGAUGUCUUUCAUGACGCCUGCAGCCAGCCCACGUCUUCUGUUGGCCUCCGUAAGAAUGUCGUCUCUAUUGGAAACUUCUGCGCCAAGGUAGACAAAAGACGUGACGAAUGA